CAGGUCCUCUCCGUGAUCUGUGACAACGCUUCCGCCAACGACGUGAUGGUGAAGAAGUUGUCUGAACACGAGUGGAAGAGGUUUGAUGGGAGGGGCCGUGUGCGAUGUUUCGCGCACGUUUUGAACUUGAUCGUUGGGGUAAGUGAACGUUUAUCUUUCUCUAGACGUUCAACAUUUUUGACUUUUAAUACUGAC